CUAACAAAUGUCCAACUGCGUCUUAGGAAAAAUACAAUUGCAUAUUGUUGUCUGGUCGUUAGGCGUAAGUUCGAGCCGAGCCAGCAGAAACGGCAUGGCAACCGAAGCCCAUGAUGCGAACCGCAAGCGUAAGCGACAGCGCCGCAAGAAUCGCAAAAGCAAACAGCAGUCGCCGCAACAGGGGCACUACGCUGAUCCGCUCUCGCCCAUCGCCUCCACACCCAUGAAGCGCCAGCACACCCAGGCGGCAGGUACAUAAGAAGCUCCAAUAACAAUCCUACUGCACUUAACUCAGCUAUCCCUUAUCACGCAGAGACCAGCAAGUCCACCAAGGCCACACAUGCGUCACCGUUCGAUAUGUGCGAUGGGAACGCUCCCGGGUCUAAAGAAGAGGAACAGUUCUUUUCGCCUCGGAAGUUGUUGGAGGAAUACGACCAAAAUGAUAAGGACGAGAAGAAGCCGAGGGCAAAGAAGGCGCGUACUCUCAAUUAUGACUCGGCAUCGUCCCCUAAUGGCAAACAAGAUGAGAAGGAGGAGGAAAGUGCGGACACCAGUGCCAAUGAAGAAGCCAACGACGAGCUGUUCUCGCCGGCAUUGAAGUUACCAAGAGUAUCGCGGUCGACUAGUACGUCUCCUCCCAAUGCUCGAACAAGACUGGAGUCAAAGUUUGCACACACGACACAGCCUGAGGAGAAAAUAGAGGAGGAAGCUGCAGAAGAGGAGGAGUCGGUUGAAACAGAGGAGCAGGACGAUGAAGACACCACAGCUCCCGAACAGGAGUUCAACCCGUUCUACUUCAUGAAGACUCUGCCGAAGUACGAGGAUAUUGUGGAGGGUAAACGACCCAUUUCACUGCCAGAGAAGUCACGCAACGCGCCCAAAAUCUGCCUGGUGUUGGACUUGGACGAGACCCUCGUGCAUUGUAGCGUGGAUGAAGUGAAAAACCCACACAUGCAGUUCCCGGUCACAUUCAACGGCGUAGAGUACAUAGUCAACGUGAAGAAGCGCCCGCACAUGGAAUACUUCCUCAAGCGCGUGUCCAAGCUCUUUGAGAUCGUGGUGUUCACCGCAUCCCACAAGGUGUACGCCGAGAAACUCAUGAACAUGCUGGACCCGCACCGCAAUCUCAUCAAGUACCGACUGUACCGAGACGACUGUCUUGACGUUUUCGGCAACUAUCUAAAGGACCUCAAUGUCCUCGGGCGUGACUUGUCGAAGGUCUUGCUGGUGGACAACUCACCGCACGCGUUCGGGUAUCAGGUGAACAACGGCAUCCCCAUCGAGACAUGGUAUGACGACGAAGCGGACGCCGAGCUGCUGAAUCUGCUGCCAUUCCUAGAAAGCCUCGUAGACGUGGAUGAUGUGAGGCCGAUCGUGGAGAAGCAGUUCCAGAUCCAAAAGCUCAUCGAUGCCACACCCGACGAGAUCGUCUAAAUUCUACAAUAGUGAACACCAUCCCCAAAAGAUGGCGUGGUAAUGCUACAACGCGUUCAACCACAACGUUCAACUUUGAGUACCAUGCUGUCCUAUGAGUGGUCGAAAUAGCGUUGGACACGCCUUUUGAUUGGAUCAAUCCAAAUCCUUAAGAAACUUGACACUU